UUUAGGACGUUGGUGUGUUUAUAGUUUUAUAAGAGAUGCCUCGCCCAUAUAAGUUUGACUCCAAGUGAGCUGAUUUCUUUUUUUGCUUUAUAUACUGUGAUUUAAUAAGGAAAACAUCAAUGUAAGCCCGUUCAGCAGGGCUGCUGAUACCAGUGCCAUGCUUUCCAUUGGUUCGUGUUUACAUGAUGCCCAUAGGACACGCGGUGAUUGGUGGCGCUUCACACGUGACCAGGCAACUUUGUACAUUUGACAGGGAGUAGGAGGGUUUUGUGGAGAUCAGAAAAACGACAGCGCGAUAAAAAUUAGUAUUGUUGCACUUCACAAAUUAAUGACCAUGAGUUCCUACUUGAUAAACUCCAACUAUAUCGAGCCUUCUUUUCCUCCAUGCGACGAAUAUCAGCAGGGCGGAUACAUUCCAAACCCCGGUGACUACUACGAGCGGCAAAAAGAUACCGGCUUCCCCCACCACGAAGAGCCAUCCUAUCCGAGGUCAAACUACACCGAAACGGGCUACGAUUACGGUAACGUUCCCGCCACGGGGAUCGAUGAUUUCGUCGACGGACACCACGCACAGCCGCAGCCGGUUCCACAGAGCCACGGUCCCCGCCUCAGCGCAGCCCCGGAUGGUGGCGCAGGGGCAAAUGCCAGCAAAGACUGCAGCCUUGCCGGUGAGGUAUAUCCCGGCGUAGCGAAGGGCAAGGAGCCGGUGGUUUAUCCUUGGAUGAAAAAGGUCCACGUUAGCACCGUCAAUGCCAGUUACAAUGGAGGAGUGCCCAAGAGGUCCCGCACUGCCUACACCCGCCAGCAGGCUCUGGAGCUGGAGAAGGAGUUUCACUUCAACCGGUACCUGACCCGGCGCAGACGGGUGGAGAUCGCACACACCAUGUGCCUGUCCGAGCGCCAGGUCAAGAUCUGGUUUCAGAACCGGAGGAUGAAGUGGAAGAAGGAGCACAAGCUUCCCAACACCAAGAUCCGCUCGUCCAGCUCGGCCUCGUCCUCAGCCUCGGGGGCCCAGCAACAGCAACAGCAGCAGCAGCAGCAGAUCAAAACAGGCCAGCAGCUCGUCCCCACGCCGUGCAAUGCCGGGCUAUAGUGCACGAACCACACCCCUAUUAGAACACACUCUCACACAAUCCAGACUGAGAUGGCGAGUGGAAUUUGAUGGACCGAUUCUCAGUGUUUUAAACAUGGUGAUAUCUCUGUUUCUGCCAUUGGACCCAUUUGUCCUUCUUUCCUCUUCAUAUAAGCUUGAAAUUCACCUUUAAUUGCCAAAGUGGCAAGUGAAGUGUGUAUAUAUUUGUUUAUUAUUAUAAAAGAAGGAUAACGCACAUUCACACGUAGGAUUGAUGUAUCGUUACAGUUAAAAAAAACUCUGAAAGCAUUUUGUAUGUCCUCUGAUGAAUAUUUUCAGUUUUGAAUCCUCAUGGAAAGCUCUAUUAUACUUGAAAGAUAUUUCUAGAUGCCUGUUAGAAUGUUUUAGGGGUGGGGUGGGGGGGGGGGGGCUGUGUACGGCAUCAUUCAGAGUAACAAUGUAGUUUGUGUGUUUGAGUGGGUCGGUUUACUGUUGAAUGUAGUCCAGGUGACGUUGACAUUUAAUGUACAUAGACAGAUUAUGAAGGCACAAUAAGAAAAAAAAAAAAAAAAAGCAUUUCGUCAA